AUACAUCAUAUACCCACAAAAAACCCAAUUUCUAAUAAAAAACAACUAACAUAUCUACAUAGAAUGGAACCGGAUUCAAGUGCAGUGAAUUACGUGAAUUACGAAGGCAGUGCCUCCAUCGGUGGCAUGCCCAUCGAGGCACACGAUCCCACCUAUCUGGAGGCCUAUCGCCAGAGUAUUCAGAAUCCGGUGGCCUUCUGGGAGGAGCAGGGACACUUGCUGGACUGGGACCGUCCUUGGCAGCAGGUGCUGGACAACAGCAAUCCACCCUUCAGCAAAUGGUAUGUCGGGGGCUAUCUGAAUGCCUGCUACAAUGCCAUCGAUCGGCACAUUCUGGCGGGCAGGGGCGAGCAGGUGGCCCUCAUCCACGACAGCCCACUGACGGGAACGGUACGCCGUGUCACCUACCAGGAGCUCUACGACCAGAUCAUCCUCCUGGCCGGUGGCCUUGCCAAAAUGGGCGUGGUCAAGGGGGAUCGUGUGGUGAUCUACAUGCCGCUCAUACCGGAGACGAUCAUUGCCAUGCUGGCCAUCGUUCGCCUGGGAGCCAUUCAUUCGGUGGUCUUUGGCGGCUUUGCUGCACGGGAGCUCUGUUCGAGAAUCGAGCAUGUGGAACCGAAGCUUGUGAUCGCCUCGAAUGUGGGCGUGGAGCCGGGCAAGGUUGUGCCCUAUCUGGAAAUCCUCCACUCGGCCAUCAACAUGUCGCGCUGGCACCCGCCCCAGCGCAACAUCAUCUUCAUGCGGGACAAUGUCUCCGUGGACACAGUGGACGAAGGGGCAGAUGUGCUCUGGUCCGAUGUCCUGGCCAUGGCAGAUGCCAACCAACCUAUUGCCUGUGUGCCCAUCGAGGCCAACGAUCCGCUGUACAUCCUCUACACCUCGGGCACCACCGACAAGCCGAAGGGAGUGCUCCGCACCAUUGGCGGCCAUCUGGUGGCCCUGAUGUACACGCUGAAGCGUAUCUACGGCAUAGGACCGGGCGACAUUUGGUGGGCUGCCUCCGACAUGGGUUGGGUGGUGGGACACUCGUACAUCUGCUACGGUCCCCUCUGCCUGGGCGCCACCAGCGUCAUGUACGAGGGAAAACCGGAUCGCACUCCAGAUCCUGGACAGUACUUUAGGAUCAUCGAUCAGUACAAGGUCCGUUCGAUCUUUUCCGUGCCAACCUCCUUCCGGGUGAUCCGUCGCGCCGAUCCGGACAUCAGCUAUGGUCGGCAGUACUCUAUGAAAUCCCUGCGUGCCAUUUUCAUUGCCGGCGAGCACUGCGAUUACGAAACGAAGAUGUGGAUCGAGAAGACCUUCAAGGUGCCGGCACUGAACCACUGGUGGCAGACGGAGACGGGCUCGGCGGUGACUGCCACCUGCCUGGGCUUUCAGCAGAGCCUCAGUCCGCCCACCUACUCCACGGGUCUGCCCCUGAUGGGCUACGAUGUCAAGAUCCUAAAGCCCGAUGGCAGCGAGUGUGAAUCCUCGGAACUGGGAAGAAUUGUACUGAAGAUGCCCCUGCCCCCGGGCAACAUGGCCACGCUGUACAAGAACGAGGAGCUCUUCCGCAAGCUGUACUUCCAAAAGUUUCCAGGCUACUACGACACCAUGGAUGCUGGCUAUAAGGAUGAACGUGGCUAUAUAUUCGUCACGGCACGCGACGAUGAUGUCAUCAAUGUGGCUGGACAUCGUAUCUCCACCUCCAGUUUGGAGGAUGCUGUUCUCAGGCACCCCGACGUGGUCGAUGUGGCUGUCUUCGGUGUGCCCGAGCCCACCAAGGGACAGGUGCCGCUCUGCCUCUACAUACCCGUCGAGAAUUGCCGGAAAACGGACGCCAAACUCUCGACCGAGAUCAUCAAGCUGAUCCGCGAUGUGGUGGGGCCCAUUGCCGCCUUCCGGCUGAUCACCUCGGUCAACAAUCUGCCACGCACUCGCUCUGGGAAGACCAUGCGCAAGGCUAUGGCGGACUUUGCCCGUAACGAGCGUGUGAUCCUGCCGGCCACCAUCGACGAUGCGAGCGUCUUCACUGAGAUCCGGCGUGCCCUGCAGCAGCUGGGCUAUGCGAUGUCCGCCCCCGAUCCCAUUGUGGCCAAGCUGUUGGACUGAAUAAACGUCGUAGGCUGUACAAUUCCAAAGAACAAAAUAAUAAAAGUUAAACCAAUUUCUA